CGUUGCAUUUUGUCAACUGAAGCUGUGUUAGAUUUAAGUUCACAUGACACCAAGAUGGGGCUAACAAGAUUUAUGCUUCUGAUCAUGGCGAUGGUUACUGUUUUUGUCUCAGGUGACGUCACCAACCAGUGCCCGUCAAGACCCCAGGACGACGGCUGGACCAUCUAUAUAUUCCGGGGUAAAUGUUACCAGUUUGUGGACGUGGAAAGGUAUUGGACAGAGGCCAGAGAUUUCUGCAGGGGCAGAGGCGGUGUACAGGUGGAAAUUUACGACCAGGAGACCAUGGAUUUCGUCAUCGACAAACUGAACAACAUCGGCUGGGACAGAAACGGAGUUUGGGCAGGAGCACACGACAUAGAUCAAGAGGGUUCAUGGCAAUGGACCUCUGGGCGAGAUCUUAGUCGGUACAGCAACUGGAUGCCUGGAGAACCGAACAAUGGCGGCUGGUUAGGAGGCCAGGACUGUGUCGUCAUGAAGAGGGACGAAGACUGGAAAUGGGACGAUGUCCACUGCUCUCUUCUCAUGUGGCAUUACAACUUUAUCUGCAUGUACGAUGUAGUAAGUUCCACUGGCUCGCCCACCACCACACCGACAGCAGUGCCACCUACUGCGAGACCCAGCACUACAGCAACAGCAGUGCCACCUACCGCAAAACCCAGCACCAUAGCGACAGCGGUGACACCUAGUGCCAAACCCAGCUCUACACCGACACCUACUACGCGACGAACAGCGCCACCUACUGAGCCGACCCCCAGCAGUGAUAUCAGCACAGUCAGUAUUCCGGCUGUGACCGAUGGCGAGGUGUGGCGCUGCCCUGCAAGGCCAAGACAGGACAACUGGACAAUAUACACAUUCCGUGACAAAUGUUACCAAUAUGUAGACAUAGAAACCUACUGGACAGAAGCCGGGGAUUACUGCUCGGAGAGGGAUGGCCUGCAGCUGGAAAUAUUUGACCGAGCCACGAUGGAUUUUACCAUUGAUAAACUGAACAACAUCGGAUGGAAUCAGACCGGAGUAUGGACGGGGGCCCACGACAGGGGGAUAGAAGGCACGUGGACUUGGACAUCCGGCGCGGAUCUGUCCCAGUUCUCGUACUGGGCGCCUGGUCAACCCAGCGGGAGUGGCUGGCUGAACGACCCGGACUGUGCCGUCAUGUGGAGAGACAGUGGCUGGCGGUGGGACGACAUUACCUGCUAUUACUAUGGCUGGCAUUAUAACUUCAUUUGCAUGUACAAUAUGACAUCGGAACCAAGUUCCUUUCCAACAUCAACAACGCCAGUGGCCUCAACUGUACCCAAACUAACAGGGAAACCAGGAGAUGAUAAAACCACCCUGAGUACGACCACCAAGGCUGGAAGUGAUGGGAGAGCUCCUGGCGGUAAAACUGAUGCACAAACAGCACAGCGUCAAAGUGGAAAUGAGAACGGUACGUGCCUGAAAUGGAACAUGCUAUACCCCAUAAAAUAUGUGUAA